AUGGAUUGUCAUUGGUUAAAAUUAAGUCCAAGUUUAACUAAGGGCUUGGCUUCAAUCAACAACAUAGAUGAAACAAGAUUUGAGCAGUUUCUACGUCGCAUUGUAGCUAAAUUGAAGUUACAGGACGUAGAAAUAUUUACUGAAGAAGAAAGACUGAAACUGGAGAAAAUAUUUAAUGUUAAUCAAGAACAGCUCAUUUUUAGCAUAAAAACACUUCAGUACAUAUUUAUGAAAAUAUUAAAGUACAUAUUUAUGCCAAAUGAUCUUAAAAUUGAUCUCAAAACUAUAGGACUUGAUGAUGAUAAAGCUGAGUCCAUAGUAAAAGUAUGGUCAGCGGAAACAAGGUCAACUUUGAAUGACAUUGGACCUUUAACAAAUGACCAGUCUGAUUCAUUAAGUUUUUCUUGGAAAUUAAAUGCAGAACUGAGUUCAGACUUUCGUAAAAAGUGCAAGGUGCCAAAAGCUUACCUAUCAUUAAAUAAACAAGAUAAUAAUGUUGAAAUGGAGAUGACACAUCCAGAACUUUAUUCAAUAUUUCUUCAAUUUGAGUCCAUUCAAAACACAUUGGAUAACUUGAUAAUGAAAAGUUAA